GAGUCUGGAUGGAGUUUGGAGCUAACCCAUUAGGCAAAAACUCCAGCUUUACACAGCCAAGUAUUGUCUGGCCUGCGUUGUGUUUGUCUACGGCUGCCGCGCAAUUAUCCCCAUUUUACACAAAGCCUUUGCGGAUAACUCCUCGAGUUGCGAUCCGCAGCGGAGCCCAAAAUUUAUGUUGCUAAGCGAAACCCUUGUCGAGUUGAGUUUUGCCCCCAUAUUACGACUCUUCCUGCUGCUUUUGUGAAGUCAAUCGCUGCCGUCAUUAAAUUAGUAACCUAGUUGUGACAGGAAUCUUGUUUCCCCACCGGCUUUUGCUUUUGUCAGAAGGACGUAAAAGGGGAUCACGCGACUCCGGGAUAUUUGCGACCGUCAUAUAAACAUGAGUCGGUUGCCAAAGCAUCCGAAUCUAAAUCCCGUGACCGUGGAGGGAUGCUGCAAUGGUCGUAAGUGUGAAAAACAUUCAUCAGUCGCUUUUUUUCAGUGCCGUUGCAACUUUGAGACGGUCGCUAAAUGAACGGUUGUAAGUCGAGGACGACCUGCAUUGCAGCGGGGGUUGGGAGUGGAGAGGCCAGAAGUGUGGGGUUUGUUUUUGCAAAUCAAGAGGCAAGCAAACUCUGCUGGUUAACCUUGGCGUGUCCAUCAAACAUUGUGGCAGAAACCAUCUCCGUUUAUUUGACUGGGCUUUUUCUCAACUUUUCCGUGGGAAAAAGAAAAUGCAUUUCAUUUUUUUAAAAAAGACGUACAGGGGAUUUUAAGGGAAGGUGAACUGAGGAAGCAAAAGAGAGAGGAGGAAAAAAAAAAGCGAGAGGCAACUUAGAAAAGCUUUGGUGAAAAAAAAAAACAUUAGGAACCCCACCACCACCUAUAUCCCUAGCGCCCCACCACCACUUCUUCCCUUAAAGAGCCAGUGUCCCUUUGGCGUGAGAAACUCCGCCUCCUGUUUCCCGGCGUGCCUUGCAGGGUAUAGGAAAGAGAAGGAAGGAAGGAAACUCCUGAAGUGGGAGGGAAGAAAACUCUUCUGAAAAGCCCGCAGCUGAUUCCCAAAGAGAGACGACUUCUCGACUGCCGCAGCCAUGCCCUCCAAUAAGGACGCCUCUGGCUGUCUCGGCUCACCGCCAGGUUUGAUCUGCUUGCCGCCCAUCUCAGAGGACCUCCAGCUGGUAUGGACUCAGGCGGCCCAGACGAGUGACCUGGAUGGUAACCAGCACCUCCUGCAGACUUUCAGCUAUUUUCCGUAUCCCAGCCUUUCUGACCUGGCUUUGCUCUGCCUGCGUCACGGCCUGCACAUGGAGAAGGUGAAGGCUUGGUUCAUGGCGCAGCGGCUGCGCUGCGGCAUCAGCUGGAGCGCCGAGGAAAUCGAAGAGACUCGGGCUCGCCUCAUCUAUCACCAGGACCAGCUUCACUUUAGUUGCCUGCUUGCUGGCAACGAGGGUGACUCCUGGCACCAGACUUGUAAAAGCCCUUCAUACCACCACCAGCUGGCUCCGCACUCCCUGCACUACUCCGGUAAAUAUCCAGAGAACCAGCAACCUCUUGUAACCUCCUUAAAUCAUUGUAGUACAGCUCCAGGGACAAAAGAACUCGGGACGAUCACUCAGGACAUUUGGAAACUGCAGGAAAACGCCCCGUCGUCCCACUAUAAGAAACCUCAGGAACAUUUUGAACCUUCAGGGAUCACAAUGAAUUUUCAAAAUACCAAAGAGACUAUUUCCGGUGCUUAUCCACCCAUCACAACCCUUGGCCUGGAUUAUAACUUCCUGGAUUCUCACACGAUGGCCUGGAACUUCCCCGCAGCAUCCCAACCUCCCGCUGAGUCCAUCACGCCUGCCGUUAACGGCGGGCACCACCCGGUGAUUCUUCCGCUGGGUUCCUCGGUGAAAGUCACCCCGUCCUCCUCGAAAGUUACAACCAGUGCCGCGGACCUUCAAAACCAUCAGCACUCUGUCAGCGAGCAGCAGACAUUUUUGCCAGAGGUUUUACGGAAGCCUAGGCGGAAGACGAAGGAACAACUGGAUUUGUUAAAGGCCUUCUUCCUUCACCGGCAGUGGGCCAGGAGAGAGGAUUAUCACCAGUUGGAGCAAGUAACCGGGUUACCCCGGGCAGAGAUCAUCCAGUGGUUUGGAGAUACACGUUAUGCCCUGAAGCACGGUCAGCUGAAAUGGUUCCGGGACAAUGCAGGGCAGAGUCCAGAGCCUGCUUCCUCAGGUGGACCUCCUCCUCCCCAGCCAUGCACAAAUCCUCCAGACAUGAGCACCCUGGAACAGUACUGGGCCACCCAUGCGCAGCUGCAUGAGAAUGACUUGCCGAUGCUCUGCCGCCAAUCGGGAAUGAGCGCGGAGCAAGUGUUGGAGUGGUUUCACUUGCACUUGCCGGCGCCGUGCGAGGUGGAGGUGUGUCUGGGGGACGAUGACGAGGUAGACGAAGAGGUGGCGGCCGCAAUGAUAAAAGCGGAAGACGAAGACUACGACGAAGAAGAGGACGUGGAAGAGGAGGAGGACGAAGACUGAAGGACUUUUGUGCGGAUGCUGGAGGGUUUUGGAUUUCUCCGAGGAGCAGGUGGAAGGAUCAGUGAGACAGAUUAGUAAAUCCUAGGAGCCAGGUUUCUGUCCCAACCGUUUCCUGCUGGUAGCAGUGACCCGCAUCACUUAUGUUCUAGAAUGGUUUCUUUUUUCCCUUUGAGCCACUGAAUAUAAAAACAAAACUAGUUUUGUUUCCAUUCACUGUUUAUCAAGGCAGAAUCACAAUGGUAUAAAGAAGGGGUUUCCAACCCUUCAGAUGUGAGUGGCCAUAAUACUGUAUAUGAAUGCCUUCAGCAAUCCGCUGGGUCUCCAAUGAUUUCUUUGAAAAAACUUCAAAGAAUUAAACUUCGGUUAAUUGCAUUGUUUUGGUUUCAUAUUGUUUCCUCUAUAAUAAUCAGAGGAAAUUUUUUCCUUAAUAAUUAUACAUUUGUUGUCUAGGUCACUAAACCCUGAAGCCCAACAAUUGCCUAAUUUUGUUACCUUUUCUAAGACUUGGAAUACAGAUAUUUUUCAUUUA